AUGAAACCUCUUAUCGCCCUAACAGCUCUAUUCAGCGUAACAACCGCCUCACAGUCUCCCCUCCGCGAUAAUCAAAUGCCCCUCCCCAAACCUCCCAUCCCUCUAAAAGGCCAUCUCCCUCUAAUGUCUCCCGACCAACCCUCCGUCCAGCCCUCCGUCGCCCUCGGCGACAUCCUAGGCUCCAACCGCGGCCUAACAUCGUUCUCAUCCUUCGCGCGCAUGCAGCCCUCCACCGAUACAAGACUCAGCGAUCUUUCAACGAAUACCACUGUUCUUGCGCCGCUGAACUCAGCGGUUGAUGCGCUGCCGCGCAAACCGUGGGAACAACCCGCUGAUUACAAUACUUUUGGCGCUGAUGCGUAUGAGGGUGAUGGAGGGCAGGAUAGGGCGAGGGAGAAUAUGAGGCGGUUUGUGGAGGCGCAUCUUGUGCCUGUUAGUCCGUGGGAGAAGGGGGAGAAGAGUAAGACGCUUGGGGGGAAGGAGGUUUGGUGGGAGGUUAAGGAGGGACGGAGGGUUAUUAUGCCUGAUGAGGUUGAGGUUGAGAAGGUUGCUAGUCAGGUUGGGAAUGGAGAACUGUGGAUUCUCAAAGGAGUUUUGAACUACGCCUAG